AUGAACGGCCAGUACCUGUUCGACCCCAUCACCGGCUACUCCAGGUGCGGACGGCUUCAACUACGACAUAGAGAGGCCACGACGCAGCUGGAGAAGCAGGGCGUGUGCGAGGACCUGGACGCCAAGACGCUCGCGCUCAGCCCCUUCGGCACCCAGAUGCAGUUCAAGGACACCGCUGCAUGCCACAAGCUCGUGUGGAACUUCCACUGCCUCUCGUGGGUGGCCACCACCUUCCAGCGACACGUGAACGGCACGCGUGUGAGCUGUGCAAGCACUGGCGCCUCCGCGACGGUGCCGCUGCCUCCGUGCCGUUCGCUGUGCGUGGAGGUGGCCGACAAGUGUGUGUACUCACACUUCUACCGCCUCUACCUCGACGAGGUGUGCGGCAACAUCGACUGCUUGACUGAGAUCGAGGAGAUCAAAGCCAUUAGAUCGACCAACAACCCGAACGUGGCGGAGACGACGUGCGUGUCGGGCAGCUGGGUUUAUGCCGAGAACAAGACGUUUUCGCGCUGCUCGACGCGUGCGUACGAUCCUUUGCAGUGCGCAGCAUUGUUUGCGUGGUCUGUGGGAGGGCUACGAAAGCUCUAA